AUGUCCAAUUCUCACGAAGAGCCUCGAGAAGAGAAGGCUGAGAUCGAGCACGUCGACCAUCCGACCGAUGUGGUUCAAGAUGACGCCUUCUAUGAAGGGGUUCCUGAACCUACCUUGACUCUCAAGGUUUAUCUGGCAAUGAGCGCCAUUGUCGUUCUCAACUUUGCUCAGCUCUUCUGUCUGCUUGGAUUGAACGCUAACGGUCGAUUUAUCGCGGCCAUCGUCGGCGGCGCCGACAAGACCAUCUGGUUGGGACAGUCGGUUGCCACUGGGACGGCUGUCCUGAGUCCAAUCUUUGCCAAGGCGAGUGACCUAUGGGGCCGACGAUGGAUCUUGGUAAUCGCCAUGACAUUCGGGGCGAUCGGAAGUAUCAUCAUCUCGAGGUGUACCAGCAUGAACAUGGCGAUUGUCGGCUCCUCCAUCGCUGGAGUCUCGUACGGAGUUCAGCCACUUCUUUUCGCCGUCCCAGCCGAGAUCGUACCUCGUAAACAUAGGAGCGCAGCAAUCGCCUUGGCCAACAUCGCGGCUGGGUUGGGCGGUAUUUGCGGUAUCCUCAUCGGAGGCGCUCUGACCGAAGGGGGAAAUGCAGACAAUAUCAGGAUCUACUUCUAUAUCACCACUGGACUGUUCGCCUUUGCCGCCAUUACGACGUUCUUGACGUACCACCCUCCAGUCAGAUCGAGCCAAAUUCAAGGUAGCAUCACAGCAAAGCUUCGUAUGAUGGACUGGACCGGAUAUACCUUGUUCGGCAUCUUCCUGGUCUUGUUGAACAUCAGCCUCUCCUGGGCUGAUAACCCAUACCCAUGGGACUCCGCACACGUGCUUGCCCCGCUCUGCAUAUCGAUCGCUUUCGGACUGGCUCUCAUCGCGCAGCAGGUCAAGUUCAACAGACACGAUAGCAUGUUCGAUCGACGCUUGUUCUCGACGUCGAGGAACGCGGCCCUAGGUAUCCUCUUGAUCUGGGUCGACGGUCUCGUCUUCUUCGUAGCCAGCUCCUACCUCCCUCAACUCCUCUCAGUCGUCUACGAGCCCAACGAGAUGCUGGUCUCCGUCCGGUUCUCCUUCCUCUUCCUAGGCUCGCUACCGCUUAUGGUCCUGGUCGGCUGGUACGCGGGGAGAUUCCGAGACCUACGAACCCCAGGGGCAGUAGGUUUCAUCGGGUUCACCAUCUUCGGAGCUUGUCUUGCUGCAGCUACGGUCGAUCAGAACGAUGCCAUCUGGGGGUAUACCGUCUUUGCCUGUCUGGGUCAAGCGGGGACUCUGAUCGCGGUCUUUGCUGCGGCUCAGUUCGGCUCUCCUGCGGAACUCAUCGCCGACCUGACGGCCCUGUUGAUCUCUAUGCGAUCGUUCGGAGGAUCCGUCGGUUUGGGAGUCUGUUCGGCCAUCUUCAGCUCGGAGAGUGGGAAGAAGAUCGGACCGUCUGUCGCGAAGAGGGUCUUGCCCCUGGGGUUCCCGGUGACGAGCCUCGGACCGUUCAUCGGCGCCGUCAGCAGUUUUCACUUCGACCAACUAGCUUCUAUCCCCGGUAUCUCCCCUCAGAUCAUCCAACAAGGCGUCCUCGGAUUCAAGGAAGGUUUCUUGCAAGCUCAACGCGGGCUCUGGAUCCUUAUGGCCGCGCUCGCGUUCGUCGCCGCCGUGAUCUUUGUGUUCAUCUCGAACCACAAGGAAGAGUAUUCCGACAGUAUCGAUGCUCCUUUAGCAGUCCGAGAGGAAGAAGCUGUUGGGGCGAAGACCUCGGCCUAG